CCUGCAGGCAAGUGCCGGCGGGGUCCGAAAAGCCAGGCGGUGGCAGGUGGAACCGGGACAGGAUCAUCGGAACCUGUUGCUGAAACCCAGCCAGGACGCUUCGACGCCGUUGGGGCUCUGCCCUGGCGUGGUCUGCAGGUCCAUCAUGAGUGAGGAAUGGGAUUCAAACUCUACAGAAAGCUGGCAUUACAUUUGGAGUAAUGACACAACACAUGAUCUGUACUCAGAUAUCAAUAUCACCUAUGUGAACUACUAUCUUCACCAGCCUCAAGUGGCAGCGAUUUUCAUUAUUUCCUACUUUUUGAUCUUCUUCCUAUGCAUGGUGGGAAAUACAGUGGUUUGCUUCAUUGUAAUGUGGAACAAGCAUAUGCACACAGUCACUAAUCUCUUCAUCUUGAACCUGGCCAUAAGUGAUCUGCUAGUUGGUAUAUUCUGCAUGCCUAUCACACUGCUGGACAAUAUUAUAGCAGGAUGGCCUUUUGGAAGUACAAUGUGCAAGAUCAGUGGCUUGGUCCAGGGAAUAUCCGUUGCGGCUUCUGUCUUUACUUUAGUUGCAAUAGCAGUAGAUAGGUUCCGAUGUGUCGUCUACCCUUUUAAACCAAAGCUCACUAUCAAGACGGCAUUUGUCAUCAUUAUGAUUAUCUGGGUCCUGGCCAUUGCCAUUAUGUCCCCAUCUGCAAUAAUGUUACAUGUACAUGAAGAAAAAAAUUACCGAGUGAGAUUCAACUCCCAGGGUAAAACCAGCCCAGUCUACUGGUGCCGGGAAGACUGGCCAAGUCAGGAAAUGAGGAGGAUCUAUACCACAGUGCUGUUUGCCAAUAUCUACCUGGCUCCCCUGUCCCUCAUUGUCGUCAUGUAUGGAAGGAUUGGAAUUUCACUGUUCAAGAGGAAAGUGCCCCACACAGGUAAACAGAACCAGGAGCAGUGGCACGUGGUAUCCAAGAAGAAACAGAAGAUCAUUAAGAUGCUCCUGACCGUGGCUCUGCUUUUCAUUCUCUCCUGGUUGCCCCUGUGGACCCUGAUGAUGCUCUCAGAUUAUGUUGAUCUGUCUCCAAAUGAACUGCAGGUCAUCAAUAUCUACAUCUACCCUUUUGCACACUGGCUGGCCUUCUGCAACAGCAGCGUCAACCCCAUCAUUUAUGGUUUCUUCAAUGAAAAUUUUCGUCGUGGUUUCCAAGAUGCUUUUCACCUCCAGCUUUGCCAAAAAAGAGCAAAGUCCAAGGAAGCCUACAUUCUGAGAGCUAAAAACACUGUGGUCAUCAACACGUCUCAUCUGUCAGCACAGGAAUCAACAGUUAAAGACCCACGUGAGGAAAUUGUGCUUUGUAGGAUAAGUGCUGAAAAGCCCUUACAGGAAUUAAUGAUGGAAGAAUUAGGAGAAAUUACCAGUAGCAAUGAGAUGUAAAAAGAGCUGGUGUGAUGAUUUUAACUCUGCUGUGUGAUGUAUAUUGAAAUAUGGUUGAUUUCUAUGGCUUUGUACUUCAGUUCUAUG